AUGGGCUUUAUCGUUUAUCAUCUGCAUGUCGAAUUUAAAGUUUAUUACUGGGAAUCACAAAACGACGGUGACGCUCGGUCGCGCGGAACACCCAAACGGCAAUUUUUAAAGCGUGGAAUUCAUAAGCUCAGUAAGGAAAUAAAUAUAAAAAACAAAGAGUUGAAGGUAUUAAAACAAACCAUUCGUCGCCAAAACAAAAAAAUUGUUUCAUUAAAAUCAAUUAUAUCCAAACUUCAAAAGGAAAAUUUGAUUAAUGAUGAAGCCAAUAAUGUUUUACUUGAUUCCUUUUUUAAGCAUACACAUUUAAUUAGUAAUUGGUCAAAAAAAAAUCUGGGGCACAAAGUACCAAAAAAAUAUUCUCCAGAAAUCAGGCAGUUUGCUUUAUCUCUUCACUUUUUUUCAUGCAAAACUUAUAAUUAUGUGCGAAAGCAAUUUAAUACAGUCUUGCCUCACCCAAGAACGCUUAGCAAAUGGUACUCUUCUGUUAAUGCCAAUCCUGGCUUCACAGAAGAGUCAUUCAAAAUUCUAUCGCUUAAAUCUCAAAAUACAAGUGAUCCAGUUAUAUGUUCCCUAAUGCUGGAUGAAAUGGCCAUCCGCCAACAUAUUGACUAUGACGGAACUAAUUACUAUGAACACAUCGAUCUUGGAAAUGGCAUAAAUAAUGAUAGCUGGACUGCUGCAAAGGAGUGUUUGGUAAUUAUGAUCGUCUCAGUAAAUGAAAACUGGGAACAUCCAAUUGGCUACUUCCUUGUAAAUAGUUUAAAUAGUUCUCAAAAUGCUGAAUUAGUUAAGAAUGCGUUGAACUUAUUAUUAAAUAUUAAAAAUCUAACUGUUGUAAGCUUAACUUUUGAUGGUUGCUCCACCAAUGUUACCAUGUCUCAGCUUUUUGGCUGUAAUUUUUAUGCUGAUGGCUUGAGUACUUUUUAA